ACCUCGCUUCAAUGGCUACAAGAACUAGGUUUUGUUUCAUAUUCUGUCUAGAUAUACCCUAGAAGGCUCUCAGCCACCAUCACCUAAGCUUUUGUUCGUGCCUAGAACCGCAAUAGCAGGUUUCUAACAAAGCUAUUGUGUCUUUGUCUGAACCAUUGAUCUCACGACAAAGACAAUUGUCACAUGGUCAAUUAGUAUAAGGAUGGAGAUUCCCGAGUUUCUUUAAUCAUUCUCCCUUCUCUCACCACACACUUCUAGUGUAUUCAUUGACUCGGAGACUCAUUCUUCGGGUAUUCGUCAUUCUGUGUAGUCAGACAGCUGGGUGACAAGAUAGUUUGCUCACGUUUCAGCGGAGACCUUUGACGACUCUUUAUGAAUUAUUUUGUCACCAAGUUGUCGGGGGAAAAGAUGCAGUCUUUCAACCGAAACCCGGUGUGUCUAUGCUUUGAGGGGGCGCGAAGAAGCGGCGCCGUGUUGAAUUUGCUGCAGAGAGGCCAAAAGCCCACCCGUUCUGGGAAAUGUCCCGAAUGUACAGUCGCUCGUCAUCGGGAGGGACAAGUAUUGAGCCAAAUCCCUAAGGACAUCGAGUUCCUCUCCUCAGCAGGUAAGCCCCUUGAAAAGGUAAGAGGAGGUGAUGACGACAACGCGUCUGGCCGUCUGUCGAUUAUCCAGAUCAUCUCCGAAUAUGCCUGCGGUCUCGAAUCCGACGAGGUGAUUGAUAUUGCUAACAGAGUUUAUACUCAGCUGAAGAUGGAGAAUAACCCGCUGACUUACGCCGGUUGGGAACUUUUCGUUGACUUCUUCUCGGAUUCGGUGUUUACGCAGAUUCGCGGCAUUAUCAAUGACCAGCUUAGCUUUUUCUGGGAUCAGAAAUUGACUGGUGCAGAUCUAUUCUUUUGAAUGGAAAUAGUAAGUAGGUAGAGAUGUAGGAGGUAGGUAUCCGGGAUAUAUAUCCGGCUUGUUUUGAGAGUUAGGUGG